CAACCAGGCUGUAGCUAGUACAUACAGAUACAGGUAUUCAGAGAACAAUGUCGGUGUCACGAGGUGGGAAAAGAGCAAUGGAAAGCUUGCUGAUGGUUCUCUCCCUCGCAGUCGUCCUCGUCCACCUCGCCGGCGGCAGCCCUCCACCGGACCCGGUGAACUGCAUGCAUGGCACGUCCAACUGCACCAUCACCAACACGUACGGCUCCUUCACGGACCGCACCAUCUGCCGCGCCGCCAAGGUCACCUACCCGGGGACCGAGCAGGAGCUGGUCGCCGCCGUGGCAGCCGUGGCGUCGACAAAACAGAAGGUGAAGGUGGCCACCAAGCACUCCCACAGCAUCCCUAAGCUGGCCUGCCCCGGCGGCGACGACGGUACGAUCAUAAGCACGGCGCGGCUCAACCGGACGGUGUGCAUCGAUGUGGCGAAGCGGCUCAUGACGGUGGAGAGCGGCAUGGUCCUUCGGGACCUGAUCGAGGCCGCCGCCGCAGCAGGGCUGUCCCUGCCGCACUCACCCUACUGGUACGGCCUAACCAUCGGCGGCCUCUUGGGCACGGGAGCUCACGGGAGCUCGCUGUGGGGAAAGGGAGGCGCUGUGCACGAGUACGUGGUCGGGAUGAGGAUCGUAACUCCGGCGCCGGCGAGCCAGGGUUUCGCGGUAGUGAGGGAGCUCGACGCCGAUCACCCGGACCUGCACGCGGCGAAGGUCUCCCUCGGGGUUCUCGGCGUCAUCUCUCAGGUAACCCUGACCAUGCAGCCGUUGUUCAAGCGGUCGGUGACGCUGGUGAGGCGCGACGACUCAGACUUCCAAGAGCAGGUGGCCGUGUGGGGCGACCUCCACGAGUUCGGCGACAUGACAUGGCUGCCGCACCAGGGCAAGGUGGUGUACCGCCGGGACGACCGGGUCGACGUCUCGACCCCCGGCAAUGGCCUCAACGAUCUGCUCCUUUUUCACCCCAGUCCCACCCGCGGGCUCAUCGACGCAAGAGUUGCCGAGGAGCGGCUGCAGGAGAACAGCACCGACGCCGCCCGGUGCGAGGCAGCGGCGCUGCAGGCGGCCACAUCCGAGCGCUCGUCCAACGGUUUCACGAACGACGGCGUUGCCUUCACGGGAUACCCGGUGGUGGGGUACCAACACCGCAUCCAGGCAUCCGGCGCAUGCCUCAACGGGCCAGACGACGGUCUCCUCACCGCCUGCGCGUGGGACCCGCGCAUCCGAGGCUCCUUCUACUACAACUCCGGCUUCAGCGUCGCGCUCUCCAAGGCGCCGGCGUUCGUCGCCGACAUGAAACGCCUCCGGGACCUCAACCCGGACCUGUUUUGCGCCGCCGUCGACGCCAGGGUGGGCGUGCUCCUGCGAUACAUCAAGGCAUCAACGGCUUACCUUGGCAAGCCAGAAGACUCGAUCGACAUCGACAUCGUCCACUACCGGAGCCGCACCGACGGCAUGCCGCGGGCGCAUGCCGACGUGGUGGAUGAGAUCGAGCAGAUGGCGCUGCACAAGUACGGCGGCCUCCCGCACUGGGGCAAGAACCGCAACUUGGCCUUCGACGGUGCCAUCGCAAGGUACCCGAAGGCUCGUGAGUUCCUUGGUGUGAAAGAUAGGUAUGAUCCUGAGGGGCUCUUCUCCAGCGAGUGGACCGACGAGGUGCUCGGUAUCAGUGGAAGCCCCAACAUCAUCAAGAAGGGUUGCGCCAUUGAAGGACUCUGCGUCUGCUCCAAUGAUUCACACUGUGCUCCGGAGCAGGGCUACUUCUGCAGGCCAGGAAAGGUGUACAAGGAGGCUCGAGUAUGCUCCUUCAUCAAGGAUUAUUAGGGAUUAUAACAAAUUUCCUUUCCCCACUACUCGCUAGACCUAUGAAUAAUGAUCGUCUUUGCUUCGUAUAAUACGCGGAUAUACGAACUAGGUUGUACUAUGUUAUGGGCUAUCGUUACUACUCCCUCGGAGUAUUGCUAUCUAUCCAUCUAUUUAAUAGUAGUACGAAAAGGUUAAAAUCA